UAACCAUUACUUUAGCUACCAACCAACCCUCUUAAAGAAGAAGAAGGUUGGGCGUGUGUUGACGGAUUCCUGGCAGAGAUUUUUGCUAAAUAUUUUCUUUCAACUUUACAUCGUGUUGUUAAGUUUGAAACAAAGAUGUCGUGGCUCAAUAAUAUAAUUAAAAUUGUCAGCAACAUCGACCCUGCCAUGUUUAUCCCUUCUGAUCCUCCUCCACCUCACAGGCCGAUGGUAUAUGCUGGAGAGAAUGAGAGUGAUGAGGACAGACAAUUCCGAAGAGUCUUUCAGCAGCUUGCUGGAGAUGACAUGGAAAUCAGCCCAACUGAGCUGAUGAAUGUUCUCAACAGAAUCAUUUCAAAGCAUGAAGACCUGAAGACUGAUGGAUUCAGCAUUGAGUCUUGCAGGAGCAUGGUUGCAGUCAUGGAUAGUGACAGUACUGGGAAACUCGGCUUUCAUGAAUUCAAAUACCUCUGGAACAACAUCAAGAAAUGGCAGGGCGUGUACAGGUCCUAUGACUCAGAUCGCUCAGGGUUUAUUAGUGCGGACGAGCUGCCGAAUGCUUUCAAAGCUGCAGGCUUCCCGCUAAGUGACAGUCUGUUUGCGAUGAUAAUUCGCAGAUACAGCGACGAAAACGGUAACUUGGAUUUUGACAAUUACGUCGGCUGCCUUGUGAGGCUUGAUGCCAUGUGCCGUGCAUUUAAAACCCUGGAUAAGGAUAACGAUGGCACGAUCAGAGUCAAUGUUCAGGAGUGGCUGCAGUUGACCAUGUACUCUUGAGUUCACUGUGUCCACCUGCCUUGUUUUUUGGAACCUUUUCUUCACACAUUAUAAAGUUUUUGGGUUUUUUGGUCUGUUCUUAGUUUGUGUUAUGCACCAUGUUGUUUAUUUUCAACAUUUUAGAAAUGUGGCAUUUCAGCAGAGUGACAUCGUUUGCAUAGAAAAGCAUAAACCAGCAUUCUCAGUGCUGGACAUGUGUCUGCAUGUCACACAAAUGCUCAUGAAUGCUCUUAACGUGAUACACGCUGUUGUGUAUUGGGUCGCUACCAUAUUAUUAUAUAAUCAAUAUUAUCUCUGUGCCAUUUGAUUUUGUCGUCCCUCUUUCGGUCACACUCAGCGUGAGAAUGGUGGGGGGGGGGGGGGGGGGGGGGUGACGGCAACAAGCUUCUGUUGCAGUGUCUGGGGCUGAUUUCACAAAGAUAUGCUCACCUGACUUAUAGGCUUAACUUGUUUUGCACUUACAGUGUCUUAACACUAAAGUACAAGUGGACAGUUUCACGAAAAGAAAACCCCUUUACUAAUUUUUAAACCAAAAAUUGUAGUCUUGUCAUACUGUUGUGUGUCUGGAGCACAAAUGGCCUCUUUAACAGCCAUACAACCUGCUGGGAGGGAAGGAACCAAGACGGCAUCGUGUUUCGCCCACGCACGUGUUAUCACUUAACUUCUUCAAAGGACUACGGUGGUUUGCAUACAGACUGGUUGAGCAACAUCUCCAUGCUGCUGCUGUUAGUUUUGCUGCACCCAUUGUUGGUGUUUGAAAACACGGAUGUGGACAUGUAGUGUAAUUCACUCUGACUGUUGGCAGACUUUCAAAUCAAUCCUGAUUGAAGAACUUAUUUUCUAAUUAAAGCCUCUAUUCUGAUUUGAACUUUCUUGAGCCUGCCCUGGGAAUCGAGCCAUUUAAUCUGUUGCCAUGUAAAUUAUAGGUUGUACCUUAACUGGUGCAACAGCAUGAGCGGAAGUGUAAAACAGGUUGGUCAUGGUUUGCACACACCCAGCCAACCCUGUCAGUAAAUCUCGGAACAUUGAGAGCAGUGCUGCCCAGCCCUGUCCUUCAGAUAUCCUCCACAUAUCCUGUUUUUGAGAAUGGAUUCACUGUUUAAAAGCGUUAUGCAGCCUCAUCCCCGAAUGUCCUGUUCUCAGUUCGUCCUUACACAUGCACUCAUAGUUACAGAAUCUAUUGACCCUACCCGUGUUCUGGCUUUGGUAUUAACUGAAAACAUCUGUGUGGGUGGAGCAGCUUUGUGAAUGUGAUUAUCUAGAUAUUAAGUGUGAGUCAGUGUCUUUAUGAAACCGGCCCCUGGUGCACUUGUUAGUAAUGGGAGAUGAUUUGGCUUCUUUUUUUGUGUGGCUAAAACUCGGAGAAAGGUUUACCUGCGUGAGUUAGAUGAAUUAUGUUUGCUUAUAGGCUGUAGCAAGCAAACAGAUUUUUUUGCACACCGUUUUACUUCAGAUGUCAGGGAUUAUAGUGCUUUUUACGGCUGGAAGCACUAAUAAAUUACUUCUGCACAAUAAAUGGUAGAAUGUUAAAGUACUUAGUGUAUCAAAAUUUUUGUCCGUGAUAAAUCUAGAGUAUAAUGAACAUGCUGAGAGAUAAUGAUUCCGUGGAAGAUUGUGAAAAUGUGCCAUCUGUCUACUUUUGAUGGUGGACCUUUGCUGUAUGCCUCAGAAUAUGAUGAGCUUUGCAUAACACUGUCUGUCCUGUUCAAAAUGUAUGCACCAGAUAAUCUAACAUAGCGUGUGAAUUUACAAAAUGUAACAAAGAUAUUCAAGCCACUAUUGCAUGCAGCUUCAGAGAGCGAUGCCAUUGUUACUUUCUUAUUUUUUCAGAAAUGUUACUGAAAUGCAUAGCAAGAUAAGUAACUGUGCCAUAUUUGCAAUAAAAGGGGUACUGUAUGUUA